AUGGAAGGUGGUGCGUUCGCGACGAGGGACGAUCCCACUAUGAUGCGUCCCGCGCGACGCGUCGCCGGUAAGUAUCGGCUUCCUAGGGAUUUACCAAUCUUUGCGUCUCGCCUGAUACGCGCCAAACUGGCGUUGACUCGACUUGACAGUCCCGCCAAACAUGGCGUCCGCUCGAGUGGGAAGCGGAAAUACACGAAUUACUACGAGUCAAAAAAGGAUGGAGCCAAUCUGAGCGCGUGUGCUGAAACGAGACAGGAGGCAGGUCCUGGCUGUAGCGUGGCGCAGACAGGGACGGCGAUAUGGAUCCGGCGGGCGUGCGAAAGAAUAGGAAUCCGCCUAAGCCGUUUU